UUCCUGGCGGCUGCCUUUUAGACUUUUCUAGUUUUUCCUUGUUUUCCUUUCCUUUGUAUUUUUUUUUUUCUGUUGCUCAGCUAAGUAGGCCUUGGCUGAAGCGUCUGACAGUGACAAUUGUAGAAGACAGAUAUCUUUCGAAGGUAAAACGCAGCCAACAAAUUUUUCGUUCUCGUCGAGUCGACUUGUUGUUUUCGGUGAUUUUGUUCUCAAAAACGUUUACGAAUCGGACUUUUCACGUAAAGCGCGUAGUAUUCGAUCGCCCUGACCAGCGGAAUAUAUAUAACGGGAACAAGAGAACCGAACGCCGCGAACUCAGCUGAUUGAAUGAAAGCAGCGACGCCACUUGGAGCAGCACUCACCAGCAGCAGAGCAGCCCCACCAGAGAGCGAGGGCCAAAGAGCUCCAAAGCAACGGAAUAGUGGGAGACUUAGGCAGAGGCCAAGCAACAAGCAGCCAGAGAGAGAGAGCGAGAGAUAGAGCCAAAGAGAGUCGUCGUCUAGCAGACUUCCAAAAUGGGUGGAGGAAAUGCGGAAAAUGGCAAGAAAAUCUUCGUUCAGAAGUGCGCCCAGUGUCACACCUGUGAGGUGGGUGGCAAGCACAAGGUGGGUCAUCUCGGCGGAGUUUUGGGUCGCAAAAGCGGUACAGCUGGCUACAGUUACACAGAGGCCAAUAUGAAGAGGGGCGUCACCUGGACGGAAAGCACUCUAGACGAAUAUCUCAAGGAUCCCAAGAAGUACAUUCCCGGUACAAAGAUGGUCUUCGCUGGGAUCAAAAAGGCCGAGGAACGUGCCGAUUUGAUUGCAUUCCUCAAGACAAACAAAUAGAAGUGGAUAGAGUAACAACAAGAUCGACAUUCAAUAAUUUUAGAAACCCGGAUUUAACUUAAAUUUCAAUCGAGAACUUCUCAGGUUCCUACCAAGUGAACAAUUUAAGAUAAUAAAUAAUGUUGGCGGCCUUUAAAUAGUUAAUACAAAAAAAAAA